CGGAGGCACCGGCUGCGAGCGGAGCGGGACCGCCACCGCCACCGCCACCGGCACCGGGACCAGGACCAGGACCAGGACCAGGACCGGGACGGAGCAAUUGGGUCGGAGAACAAUAGCGGCGUUGGAAAACAAUGAAGCUGCCGCACCUUCCCGCCUAGGGAUGCGGGCCGGAGGCGUGGAAGGGAUCCCAGCUCAGGAGUAGCUCAGCAGCGGCUGCUCCAGGAUCUGCCGGAGCGGGCUCAGCUCCCAUGACAGCRCUGGGGGAGGAUGGAUUACGGUGGUGGAGAGGACCUGGUACCCUGUGGAAAAAACAAAUUCAUCUCCAAAAAUGAGCUGCUCCUGCACCUGAAGACCUACAACAUCUACUACGAAGGGCAGAAUUUGCAGCUGCGGCACCGGGAGGAAGAAGGGGAGCUCAUAGUGGAGGGACUGCUGAACAUCUCGUGGGGGCUGCGCCGCCCCAUCCGCCUCCAGAUGCAGGACGACAACCAGCGCAUCCGCCCGCCGCCCUCCUCCUCUUCCUGGCACUCGGGCUGCAACCUGGGGGCCCACGGGUCGGUGCUAAAGCCCAGCACCCUGCCAGACAUCCAGGUGACGGACACAGAGCCCAACACGGACACUCCCGGGAAUGGUGCAGCCCCCAGGCCGCAGCAGGAGGAGGCYCCACAGCUGAUGAGGACACGCAGCGAUGUUGGUGUUCGGCACCGCGGCAGCGCUCGCACGCCCGGGGAGCAGCGCCGCCUGCGCCGCCACCGCUUCUCCAUCAACGGCCACUUCUACAACCACAAGACGUCCGUGUUCACCCCCGCCUACGGCUCGGUCACCAACGUGCGCAUCAACAGCACUAUGACCACCCCCCAGGUCCUCAAACUGCUGCUCAAUAAGUUCAAGAUUGAGAACUCUGCGGAGGAGUUUGCUCUGUACAUGGUGCACACAAGUGGAGAGAAGCAGAAGCUGCGYGGCAGCGACUUCCCCCUGCUGGCCCGCAUCCUGCAGGGCCCCUGCGAGCAGGUCUCCAAGGUGUUCCUCAUGGAGAAGGACCAGGUGGAAGAGGUCACCUAUGAUGUGGCUCAGUACAUCAAAUUUGAGAUGCCCAUCCUCAGGAGCUUCAUCCAGAAGCUGGAGGAAGAGGAGGAUCGGGAAGUGAAGAAGCUGAAGCACAAAUAUUCCAUCCUGCGGCUGAUGAUUGAGCAGAGGCUGGAGGAGAUUUCUGAGGGUCCGACAGCGAUGUGAACAUCCCUGUAGGAUGUACUGCACCAAAUCCCAGCYCCUGCCAUUCCCGGAACGUUCCCAGUGUCCAUUGGGAUUGCUCCAGCUCUGAGCCAACCRUCCUCCCACGCCUUCACGCCGCAGAAUCCUCGGGGGGCUCCUCCUCGGCACACAAGGGCUCUUCCCUGGAAGGCUUCRGCUGGUGGCAGCUUCAGCCAAAACCUCAAAUCCUUGGAAAAAGAAAAAAAAAAAUGGAAAUCUGUGAGCAGCACAAAGCUGAGGACAGAGCUGAGUGAGAGCUGCCAGAGUUCCAGAGCAGGAAUUGGGGGCUCAGUUUGGAAAURGCCAACAUGGCUCCCAGUGACAGACCCACUGCUCGCCAGCAAGAGAGCACAAGCAAUUCCUCUUUUUUUUCUUUUUGAAGAAAAGCACAUUCUUAUUGCAAUAAUUUGCAGGUGUCAGGGAGAGUCUGUAAAUUGAAAGGGUUGGCUGAGAUUUGGGGGGUUUAACCCUGACCUGAGGGCUCACGGGUGGAUUUCAGCACAGGAGAAAAUCCCAUUUUUCCAGCGCUUCCCCAAACCUGCAUCUGGUGGUGCACCUCCCUCCAUCUCCCRCUCUAAUUUGCACUAAUAUUUAGGGAUUUUUAAGAAAACCAUGAUGUCAAAACUCUCUGGUAGCUGUAAAUGCCAAAUAGCACUCACAGGGAUAGCUGAGGGCCUUGAGCAUCUCAAGGGAUGCUGGAUGGAAAAGAGAAGGCAGGAGGAGGGGGAGGCAGGAAUAAAGAGGAUUUUAUUUUGCAAAUCCAUUUUCCAGCAUUGCCAACACGUUAUCCUGGUGAAACCAGGACUAGACUGGCUCCAUUACCACCAUCAGCUGGAAGAACCUCUUUCCUCCUAGGCUAAACCAGCAAUAUCAGUUUUAUACCUCGAUGUGAACUAAACCUCUAACUUUCUCCCUCCCCUUGAGUUUUUGCAAUGCAUCUUGUUAAUUAUUUUUUAAAUUUUAAUGGUACCUUUUCCACCUUUAACUCGUGUUCAGGAAAGUGUUGUACAGUGAGAGGAGCUUUGUAUGUGUUUGAAGGAUGAUUGUUGCACUGCUGUGUGGAUUAACAAGAAAAUAAAAUAUGUAGCAAUUUAAUACAGAAACCCCUAAGUAAGAGCCUGRUUUGUCCAAAAUAAAUCACUUUGUGGAUAGAAACGCCAUAGAAAUGGCCUCCAUGGGAGCUGGGAGCAAUGAGGGACAAGAAUAAAACC